CGCUUGAGAACGUCAAUUGACACGCAACUACACCCAUACGAGCCUCCAGAAAUGGGCAAGCCGCCGUCGAAGUCGAGUAAAUCAACAUCUGCUCCCCAGAAAAAGUCCGCUCCCCAUAAAAAGGCCAGUUCGCCGCCCUUGCAGUACCGUCCGCGCGCCCCUCCACCCACGACGCCUCUACCACCACCAGCAGCUGCUGCUGCUGCAUAUUCGCGGGCUCGGAGGCUGCCACUGCUCCUCGCAGGAGUUACAGUGAUUGGAAUUGGCUGUUACAGCACGCUCAUCUACAUAAGCCUCACCCGAGACGACCCUCGAUUGAAGAGAAUCCCGCGCGACGCCUCGGACCGCUUUGACGACAAUGCCUGGGUCUACGACAGCGGCGUCGACACGGUAGAAUGGCUCACAGGGAUAACCAAGCGCAGGAAGGAAAUGGCAUCAAUGGCUAGGGGCCACUUGCUGGAGGUUGCGGCGGGCACAGGGCGGAAUCACGCCUUUUACGACACGAAGAAGCUGGCAACGGUGACCAUGCUGGACCAGAGCGCGCAGAUGCUGGCAGUUGGGAAGAAGAAAUGGAAGGACGAGCACCCGGAGUAUGCUAGGCGGAUCUUCUGGCGCACACAGUCUGCCCUGGAGCCCAUAGCGCCACCCCCGCAGUCUCCAGACGGGUUCGAUUAUGUUAUCCAGACCAUGGCCCUCUGCUCGACAGCAGAGCCUGUCAAGCUUCUCCAAAAUUUGGGAGAGGUCGCAAAGCCGGAGGGCGGGCGCAUACUGCUGCUGGAGCACGGCAGGUCACAUUAUGCAUGGCUGAAUGGUGUGCUGGACAAGACGGCAGCAGCACAUGCCGACGAGCACGGGUGUUGGUGGAACAAGGACAUUGGCAAGAUUGUCGAGGAGAGCGGGCUGGAGGUGGUCAAGUUGAAAAGGUACAAUUUUGGAACGACGUGGUGGGUGGAACUGAAGCCUAAACCGAAGCCGCGCCUUCUGGAGAAGAUUGCGGGAGAGGCAUCAGAUGUAGGAGGCAGUGGAGGCCCGCAGGAAAAGGUGGCACAGAAGCCGUGGUGGGCCUUUUGGGGAUGAGUGCAUGCAUAGGCGCAUGGGUGCCUCAGUCUGGGGCCCUGCGCGGGCGAGACCACGCCUGCUGGACGCACGAAGCAGAGGAGAGCUGUCACUUUUCACUUAUUGGAUUACCGGAAGCGGCAUGCAGCUCCCACAGCGAUAUUACCUCUCACAUGUUUUCCAUGGCGGCGCACAAUAUACAUACAGAUAAGAGUAAGCAGUUUAGCGCCAGCAUCGCGGGAGUACAUGCUGGAGUGGAGGCGAGAUCUGCAGCCGGCCGACGACCUGCAUGCGCUGAUGGAUGGUUGCAUGUCUGAUUGGAGAGUCGGCGGGCCAAGUCGAG